AUGCCUCACAAGCACAAGAGAAAGAGAGGAGACGACAGCGGCGAGUUCAACCUCCCUCCGUCUCAAAAAGCACGACCCCUACAUGUUGGAAAGAAGAGUGUGCCAGAUACUAAAGGCGGAAAGAAUGGAAAGAAUGGAAAUAAAAAUGCGACAGCUGCGGAAUCGAAGAUGGAUGCCCCAGUAAAAGCAAAAAAGGGCAAGAAGGCACACAAAGAAAACGAUGCCCCGCGAGCCUUUCGGCGGCUCAUGGCUGUCGCAAGCGGCCAAAAAGUCAGAUCCGGACUCGACGACGGUAACGACGGGAAAAGCGCGAAACAAAAGGCAGAGGAACUCAAGAUCCGGCCAGGCGAAGACCUCAGAGCUUUCGCCCAACGAGUAGAUGCAUCGCUGCCCGUCGCUGGUCUUACCAAGAAGACAACAAUCAAGGACGGCAAAGACGAGCAGGGAUUCAAGGUCUACCGCACUCGAAAGGAGAGGAACAUGCAUAAACUGUACGCUCAAUGGCGAGAAGAAGAGCGCAAGAUUCAAGAUCAAAAGGAGGAAGAGGCAGACGAAGCGAUCGGACAAGAACUCGAAGAAGACCCUACCGGCCAGGUCGCCAUCGCUCGCGCAAUACUCGAAGAAUCAACAAAGAAGAGAGCACGAAGAAAGGGUGGCAAAGUGGACGACCCCUGGGAGGAGCUGAAGAAGAAAAGAGCAGAGGCAAAGAUUGGCCUACACGAGCAGGCACAAGCACCUCCAGAGUUGAACAAGAACAUCUCGAAGCCGAUCAAGAUCAAGGGUGCUGCCGCCGAUGUAGACAAUAUUCCCAAGGCUGCGGGUAGUCUCAAGCGAAGAGAGGAGCUGCAGGAGGCUCGGGCGGAGGUUUUGGAGGCGUACAGGAAGAUCCGGGAGCAUGAACAGGCUAAGUUGCUCAAGGCAGACCAAUGA